UAAAUCCACAUUCUAUGCAUAUCUCAAGCACAAGCAUAACAAAACAAAAUUCUUCAACCAUAUUAUUCAAAAAUGAAAGGGUGUUCUUUUGUUACUAAUGUUCAUGAUUUCACUUUUUCUCCUUCUUUGAUUUGUUCUAACUCUCUUAUUCCAUUCCAAAGUAAUGUUUUUCCUAGUAAUGUGACAUUGAAACCAUUGAGAGCAAAGGUGUGCAUUUCUCAUAAACAAAAAGGUAAAAGUGAAUUUGUUGUGGGAUGUGCUAGUUGGGGAUUAGUGAAUGAGUUUAAGAGAGAACUAGAAGAAGGUGAAACUAAUGAUGAAAAGGGUAAAAGUGGAAUAACAAGGUAUAGAGAAAAGUGUGGAGAAAGGGAAGGGGUUGUAGAGUUGUUGGAGUGUUUGGAAAAGGAAGCAAUAAUGGGUGAUGAUGAAGGUAAAGAGCCUAAUGAUUAUAAUCGAAGGGCACAGAUAUUUGAUAAAAGCUCUCAAGUAUUUCAAGCACUUAAGGAAUCAAAUGAUCAUGUUUGAAUUAAUAGUUAAUUUGAUAUAGGGUUUUGACUCUAAUAUUUGUAUUUGAUAUUAGCAUAUAGUGACAAAUUUGUGUAUUACUCUAAAAACCCUCUUUUGUGUACCUUUUCUGAUUUAAAGAGUUGAGUUGGUGAUUAAUGUGUAUAUUUUGAUGGGUGUUUCUUUCAUCAAAUAUGCAUCUAGAAAUAGGACAAAGGUGUGAUGUUUUUUAUAUCAAAAUCUGACCAUAUGAAUGGGAAAAUUGAUCAACUUUGGAGCUGGUACCUGCGGAGUCUGAUGAAGAACAAGAACUAAAUUGUUAUGAUUUCUUUUUGUUGUAGUUGUCUUUUCAUAAUUUUAAUGUAAUCUAUGAUUCUUCUUCUUUUCUUAUGAAUAAUUUUACGUUGGAUAUCAAUGACUUGUAAAUGAAAUGUCAAUGAUCUCCACCAAGUUCAUGCUUUCAAGUUUUUUUAU